AUGACCUCUCAGAAACAACUCGUUGGAAAAGAUUUUAAAGGUUCCCUUGACGAACUUCUUCAGGGCCUUGACAUGCUCGAAGAAAAUGGAAGCAGAGUAUUACAGAAAAUAGAAAAUUCUCUAUCCAUCUCAUACCCACUUACAGCAGCAAUAGCUGACCUGAACACUCUGUUAACGUUGUUACGAACGUUUGGUUCUCAAGCCACACAAGUUGGUGCAGCCAGUCUAUCUCAUGCAUCAUCUUUUACACAGGAGUACACAUCUAAUACUCUAGCCACCUUUACGAAGGUAAAGGAUAGGUCAUCUGCUGUGUUAUUUAAUAAAAAGGAACAGAUACGCGCAAACGCACAGGCAGCUUGGAUGGCUGUUCGUACAGAGCUGAAUACAAGAGAGGGCGAUUAA